AACUGCCAGGACCUAGCUCACAUGAUCUUCCACGUGGAGUACAGUCACAGAGGCAGUGAUGGCUGGUCGAUUCUUUGCAACCGGAGGUACUGACUCAGAGAGCUCUACUGAGAGCAGUGAUGAAGAAAUCACAACAAAGGCCAACUUGGGGGCCAUUAGGCGUACUCAGUACACGUUCAGUGAUGACGAGGAGGAGAAAAGAGUUGUCAGGCCAGAGAAAGAAAAACGUUAUGAUGAGAUCAAGGAGGUCAUUCAGUCACUCAAGAACAGUGUCAAGAUCAAAGAUGUAGCAAAAGUGCAAACAUGUUUUGAUGGUUUACAGAAAGUCUUUCUUAAAGCAAAGGCUGUGAUUGACAAAGAACCUGAGACCCCACGAUUCUACAUUCGAGCUUUGAUGGAGCUCGAGGAUUUUGUCAAGGAGCUCUGGGAGGACAAAGAUGCAAAAGCUAAGCUGAACAAAGUCAACUCAAAAGCACUUGCCGGUCUCAAGCAAAAAGUGAAGAAAUACAACAAAGAUUUUGAGAAAGCAAUUGAAACGUAUCGUGCUAACCCAGUGGAGUCGGAAGAUGAUGCUGAUGAAGAGGACAAAGAUGAUCCAGAGCGAAGCGACAGUGGGGACGAAGCAGAACCAGCUCCAGUGAAGAAAGAGAAAGACGCCUCCAAAUCAAAACCUAAAACUGAGGGUGAGUCUGAUUCCGAUGACAGCAUGGACUGGGACAUGACAGAAUCCAGUUCCAGUUCCAGCGAGGCUGAGGAAGGCACUGGAACCACCUACCACUAUACUGCCGACUACUUCCUCAAAAGAGACAAGAAUGUGCAGGAAAGCAAGACGCGUAAGAGACGAGAGGAGAGAAUCAGGAAACCCAUCGCUCCCGACGAUGACGAUGAGGAUUGGGAAACAGUCACCAGACCCGGCAAGCAGAUGACCAUACAGGACAGGACCAAGAUGCUGUUUGGCAAAGAUGUUGAGGUGGGGCAUGACGUCAUCAAGAGAAAGAGAGACGAAUUUAUGAUAAAUCGCGGAAAAAAGACGACCGAUCGCACACAGACCAUUGAUAAUCUUCGACUCCUCCUACAAGUGUCCCGACACAGCGGAAUGGGCGUGGGUUUGGAGCUCCUCCUAUUGAAGGACGUCAUAGAGACGACCUUUGACAUCUCCGGGGUCACGUCAUGCAUGAAGACUGACGUCUGGGAAAGCUGUCUUGAGGACAUGAGCACUCUAGUGACCCUGCUGGAGGAGAACCCUGCGGUCGUGUUGGACAGCACAAUCCCAGAAGAGGAAGUCAACUUCAAAACAACCGAGAGGGCGUACAAGAUUCGAGGCAGUUUGCUGACAUUUAUAGAGCAUUUAGACGAAGAGUUCACCAAGAUCCUGCAGGCUACUGACGCUCACGCCACUGACUUUGUCACCAAGCUCCAGGGAGAGAAGACGGUGGCAGACUUUAUCCAUCGAGUGCAAUUGUAUGUAGAGAGGAAGUUUGGAGACUCUCGUCCGGACCUUCUUUGUAGGAUCUAUAUACGCACCAUUGAGCACGCCUAUUACAAGAUUGAUCGGGCCUACUAUGGUCAGUCAAAUGCGUCCAUCUUGUUUGCUGAAGACGGGGAAUCCCCUGUAAAGGAGGCGGGGGAGGAGGAGAGCUCCUAUGCACUCAUGACACGGCUCACUAAGUUCAUAUACAAUGCCAGCGAUGUCCCCGACAUUGGAAGGAUCCGAACCAGAGCCAUGUUGUGUCACAUCUACCAUCAUUCCAUUCAUGAUCGUUGGUACCAGGCCCGCGAUCUCAUGCUCAUGAGUCAUCUCCAGGAGGCAAUACAGUUUGCUGAUGUCCUGACUAUGAUCCUGUACAAUCGAGCACUGGUACAGCUGGGCAUGUGUGCGUUCAGGCAUGGCAUGAUCAAGGACGCUCACGAUGCUCUGGUUGACAUUCAGUCCAGUGGCAGGUCAAAGGAGCUACUGGCACAAGGUCUCCUGGCGAGACAUGACCGCACCCCCGAGCAGGAGAAGUUGGAGAGAAGACGUCAGAUCCCCUUCCACACACACAUCAACCUAGAGCUAAUGGAGUGUGUGUACCUCACCUCCGCCAUGCUGCACGAGAUCCCGUACAUGACCGCUGCCAAGCGUGAGGGCAGACGCAGGAUCAUCUCAAAGAGCUUCCAUCAUCAGCUCAAGUUCCACGAAAAACAGCCACUCAUAGGUCCCCCUGAGAGCAUGCGUGAACAUGUGGUGGCCGCUGCCCACGCUAUGGAGAAGGGAAACUGGAAGGCUUGUAGAGAUUUCAUCACCUCUAUCAAGGUGUGGGACCUGUUCCUGAAUGUAGAACAUGUCAAGGAAAUGCUGACAACCAAGAUCCAGGAAGAGAGCUUGCGGACGUACAUCUUUGCGUACAGUGAGAUCUAUGAUUGUCUGAGCCUGCAGUGUCUGGUGGAGAUGUUUGAGUUGCCCCUGCAGACUGUACACAGCUUGGUCAGCAAGAUGAUCUUCAGAGAGGAGCUUAUGGCCUCACUGGACGAGCCCACUCAGACGGUCGUGAUCCAUCAUGUCUCUCCCAACAAAAUGCAGUGCCAAGCACUAUUAUUAGCUGACAAGCUCAACACUCUGGCCGAUCAGAAUGAAGAGAUGAUGAAGCUAAAGCGUGCAGGACCUUGGGACUCACAGGGCGGAGGAGGAGGUGCUCCGUUCAGACAACAGCGCCAAAUGAAGCACAACUCACAGAGGAGGCAGACUCAAACUAGAGCUUAACGAUAAUAUUAUAUUAGUGAUCAAUUCUAUGUACUCUACAUGUACUUUAUUUUGUAGAUGAUGUAAUUAUCAAAACUGACCGUAUCAUUAUCAUUCAGUGUG